AUGUUUAAAAAGAAAACUGCCAUAUUGUUCAUAUUUGGUAUUUCUGUGAUCGUUCCUUUUGCAUAUCAUUUUGUUGGAUAUACAGAGGCUCAAAGACUUACAUAUCAUGUGCAUGAUUCAAACGCGUUCAAUUUUAAUGCACUUCGCACGAGUUGGUCGACUUCAGUAUUGGGUGGAAUAUUAUUUCAUGGGGACCCAAUACCAAACCCUAACCCUAAUGCAGGAAGGCAAUACGUCGUGCUCGUUUGGAAAUAUUGGGAUUGGUUGAAGCACCGACAUGUGUUUAACUUUGGGAAAGAAGGAGAAGAAAAAGACAUUUUGGACGGUUGCAGCGUCAAAAAUUGCAUAUUUUCUGGUGAUGACGCCCUCAUGGACACAGCGGACGCAGUUCUCGUUCACAUUCAAAGAGGAGUGGUACCAACAGUGAAAAAUAGGAACCCUAAACAAAGAUGGAUAUUUUUGAACGAUGAAUCGCCAAUACAUGCGUUCACAUUGGCUUCGCGGCGUCCGAAAAUGGAAACUCUGUACAAUGUAUUCAAUUGGUCCAUGACAUAUCGGAGCGACGCUGACAUUCCGGUACCCUAUGGUCGAACUGUUCUUUUACCAAAACCGGUAUUAAGUGAAUAUAAUACGUUAGCAGAAAUAGCCACAUUGAUACCAAACUGGGAUCGAAAAAGACCAGAUAAAACAGCUGCAGUGCUGAUGUCCAACUGUGCGAUGAAAGCAAGAAAUGAUUUCUUAAAAAAAUUAAGGAAGUACAUCGACGUAGAUGUGUAUGGAGGAUGUUCCGACAAGAAAGAGCUUCGAACAAGUUGUCCUGGACAUUUUAAAUCAGAUUGUGACCCAAUUGCAGAAUACUUUUUUUACUUAGUGUUAGAAAACACGAGUUGUUAUCAAUAUUUGACUGAGAAGGGAUUUUAUCAUGCGUACUCGAAAGGUGCAAUACCAGUUAUAUUUGGACCAUCUCGUGAAGACGUUGAGAGCCUAUUACCACCAAAUUCUUACAUAUUCGCUGAUGCGGACACAGAUAUAGAAAAUCUAGCCAAAGAUAUAAAGGCUGUUGCGUCAAACGUCGAUCUCCUUCUCUCGAUGCAUACAUGGAGAAAUCAUUUCGAAGUUAUCAAUGAACACGGAUAUUUUGGGACCAAAUCUUAUCAUCUAUGUCGUGUUUGUGAAGCCCUAAAUUAUAAUAGUGAAGAAGAAAAAGUUUAUGACAGCGAACUUUUAGAUAUGUUCUUCGACCCAUCAAAAUCGUGUUACGAUAAAAAGAAGUGA